AUGGAGUCCGAGUGGGCUCUGUUCUCCACCUCCAUUGUCAAUGCGGCCGCCCGUAGCUGUGGGCGUAAGGCAUGGGAUGAGAGUGGGACUUUGAUCCACGGUGAUAGGAAAGGGGGCUUCACUGUGUUUUGGGCAGAUGAUGGGCUGGACACUGGGCCUAUCCUGCUGCAGAGGGAGUGUGAUGUGCAGCUAGACGACACGGUCAACUCCAUCUACAACAGGUUUCUGUUCCCUGAGGGCGUCAAGGGCACGGUGGAGGCAGUGAGGCUGAUUGCCGAGGGAAAAGCCCCAAGGAUCGCCCAGCCACAGGAGGGCGCUACCUAUGAGUGUAUCCAGAAGAAAGCAAACGCAAAGAUUGACUGGAACCAGACAGCAGAAGCCCUCCACAACUGGAUCAGAGGGAAUGACAAAGUCCCUGGGGCCUGGGCCGAGGUGGAUGGAAAAAACGUGACUUUCUAUGGCUCCACUCUGGUUGGAAAUGGGACCUCAACACAAGGCCAGCCACUGGAGAUCCCUGGGGCCAGUCAGCCUGGAGUGGUGACCAAAGCAGGGCUGAUGUUGUUUGGAAAUGAUGGCAAAGCUCUCCUGGUGAAGAACCUGCAGUUUGAUGAUGGCAAGAUGAUCCCAGCCUCACAGUACUUCAGUGCAGGGAAGACCUCCACUGUGGAGCUGACAGAGGAAGAGAAAGCUCUGGCAGAGCAAAUGAGAGCUGUGUGGCAGAGCAUUCUGACCAAUGUUAGCCAAAUCCAGGACUCCACAGACUUCUUCAAGUCUGGAGCGGCUUCCAUGGAUGUGGUCAGGCUUGUGGAAGAGGUGAAGCUGCUGGCCAGUAACUGUCAGCUCCAGAAUGAAGACAUCUACAUGAACUCCACUUUCCAGGAGUUUAUCCAGAUGUGUGUGAGGAAGAUCCGUGGUGAGGAUGAUGAGGAGGAGCUGGUGGUGGACUAUGUGGAGAUGGACAUAAACAAAAUGACAGUAAAGAUGCCUCAUCAGAUGUUUAUAAAUGGAGAAUUUGUGGAUGCAGCAGGUGGAAAAACAUACAAGAGCAUUAAUCCAACCACCGGCACGGCCCUUUGUGAUGUGUCCUUGGCUCAGAUCAGUGAUGUGGACAGAGCUGUCGCUGCAGCCAAAGAGGCGUUUGAGAAUGGAGAGUGGGGCAAAAUGAACCCCCGAGACAGAGGCCGCCUCAUUUACAAGUUGGCUGACCUGAUGGAGCAGCACCAGGAGGAGCUGGCCACUAUUGAGUCCCUGGACUCGGGUGCUGUCUACACUCUCGCCCUGAAGACUCACAUUGGCAUGUCUAUUCAGACCUUCCGCUAUUUUGCUGGCUGGUGUGACAAAAUUGAGGGCAGCACUAUCCCCAUCAACCAGGCCAGGCCUAAUCGCAACAUUACAUUUACAAAAAGGGAACCCAUCGGUGUGUGUGCUAUAGUGAUUCCUUGGAACUACCCUCUGAUGAUGCUGGCCUGGAAAACUGCAGCCUGUUUAGCUGCUGGGAACACUGUGGUCCUCAAACCAGCUAUGGUGACUCCUCUGACGGCACUCAAAUUUGCAGAGUUGACUGUAAGAGCAGGAUUUCCAAAGGGUGUCAUAAACAUUCUUCCAGGAUCAGGCGCUCUGGCUGGUCAGCGAUUGUCAGACCACCCUGAUGUUCGUAAGCUUGGCUUCACUGGCUCCACUGAAAUUGGCAAACAAAUCAUGAAGAGCUGCGCUGUGAGUAAUGUCAAAAAGGUUUCUCUGGAGCUCGGAGGAAAGUCUCCUCUCAUUAUCUUUGGUGACUGUGACAUGGACAAGGCAGUGCGCAUGGGGAUGAGCUCAGUGUUCUUCAAUAAGGGAGAGAACUGCAUUGCAGCUGGCAGGCUGUUUGUGGAGGAUACUAUUCAUGACCAGUUUGUCAAAAAAGUGGUGGAGGAAGUGAAGAAGAUGAAGAUCGGAGACCCACUUGACCGAGCGACUGACCAUGGUCCUCAGAACCACAAAGCCCACUUGGACAAACUGGUGGAGUACUGUCAGACCGGAGUGAACGAGGGGGCCACGCUGGUGUAUGGGGGCAAGCAAGUGGAGCGUCCAGGGUUCUUCUUUGAGCCCACCAUCUUCACUGACGUAGAAGACCACAUGUUUAUUGCUAAAGAAGAGUCAUUUGGACCAGUUAUGAUCAUAUCCAAAUUCAAGAGCGGAGAGGUAGAUGAUGUCCUAAGGAGGGCUAAUGAUACAGAAUAUGGACUGGCAUCUGGAGUCUUCACAAAAGACAUCAGCAAAGCUCUGUAUGUCAGUGAGCGACUGAAUGCAGGCACUGUUUUUGUCAACACGUACAAUAAAACAGAUGUGGCUGCACCAUUUGGCGGAUUCAAACAAUCUGGAUUUGGCAAAGACCUGGGAAAAGAAGCUUUGAAUGAAUACUUGAAGACGAAGGCAGUAACUAUUGAGUAUUGAGUCCAGUACUUCAGACCAGGGGAGCAAAAUCCCCAAUCUUGAAAACUAAUGUGCCUUAACAUACACAAACUUUAAUAUGUUUAGGGACCACAUGCAAACACAAUAAUCUCAUAAAAGAUGAAGAGAUGCUUUUCCAGAUUUAGCUAAAGCUAAUUUCCAUCUGCAGUCCACGGGCAGUGCAACAAUUAAAUUUUUAACAUAUUGAAUGUAUUUGAAGAUAGAACUAAUAUUGUUGCUGUGAAGUUAGAAUAAAAAUUAACUUUUAUUCACCUCAGUUACUGUGACUUUUUUAGUGAUGUGAAACAGAGACCGUGUUUCUCCACUUUCUCCAAAGGCUGGUGGUAGGACAUAAACAUCGCUGGUUGAGUGGAUAGAUCCACUGACCCACAGGUUGUUGGUGCAAUUCCAGCUUCCACAGAUGAAUGCUUUCAUUGUGUUGCCUUGCCCCCAUGUCUGCGUGCACUGGUGUAUGAAUGUGUGUGUGAAUGAGUGAUUGGUUCCUUGAUCUUAAGCGCUAUGAGUGCCUUGAAGGUGGAAAAGUGGUAUAUAAAAAUGUGACCUUUUACCAUAGAGUUCUAUUUGUUUGGAUGAUUGCAGCCUAACUUGAUUUGACACAAAGUAUUUGCCGUACUAAUGCACUUAUCCAAGAGGGAACCUAAUGUCAUCUAAAAUGCACAUUGUUGUUUUUUGUGUAUUUUAUUAGCUGUGUUUGCAUUGUUAUUGUUAUGCCACUCACGAGCUUAUUGUACUCCACAA